AGUUCGGUUCGCUGCCUCAACAUGUUUCAGUUAUGAACGCUGUGUUUGACAUAACAUUCAGAAUUAAUGUAUUUUUCAGACUUACUGCAUGUACUUGUUAAAAGAAAUGAGCAAAGAUGCCGAGUGUCCGAUAAUGCACACAGCGUAGAAGCUAGUUAGCGUGUCACGCUUCGGGGCGCGACAUUCAAACACAACAGUGGACGACGACGUUAACCUCCAGUGUAGCCAUUACCCUCAAUGUGUGUUUUUUUUCCCGUUACAAUUAUUAGGAAUUAAAAACUCGCGGUUGGAACAGUUUUAUUUCUCUAAUUAAAGACACUUAUUGUGAGCCUUGUUGCUUUCUAACUCUUGACAGUCCGUAUUAAUCCAGAGGCUUGUGAAGUGGCCGUGACCAGGUUCAGAGCAGAGUUGGUCUAAUUGUAAUCACAGACUCUUGUAUCCAUAAUAGCAGCUGCUGCCGGGGAAACGAGCGAACUAAUCACUUGAGACCGAUUCCGAGCUGAGAGCUGAUUGGGACAAGAGGCUUUAGGGACUCGAAGCCACCAUGGUUACUGACAACAAGACGUGAAGCUGAAGCCACUUUAUUCACCGUUGAACUGCGUAAAGACUCACACAGACCGCGGUGAGUUGUGCCGCUUCAUUCCCCGCUAGUUUACUGUCGGGUUUUGCACCUGCCGCAGGUGAGAUGGCCUCGCGCGGGCAGCCGGCCUCUCUGGUCGCCAACCUCGUGCCGGGGAUGGGGAAGUCUGCAGCCGCGCUGGGGCUGUCCGCCGGGCUGGGGGGAGCGGAGCUGGAGCUGCAGAAGAUGCUCAUCGACGAGAGGAUCAAGAGUGAAAACCACCGGACCAACUACCAGACCCUGAAGGCUGAGCACACCAGCCUGCAGACGCAGUUCACUCAGGCGCAGGGGGAAGUGAGGCGCCUGCUGAGCGAGAAACAGAGCGAGCAGGAGAGGCUGCAGCUGCUGCUGGCCGAGCUGCGGGGAGAGCUGCUGGACAAGACCCGGGAGCUGGAGGAGCUGCGCCUGCAGGUGAUGACCCCUCAGCGGCUGGAGCUCCUCAGAGCUCAGGUGCAGCAGGAGAUGGAGGCUCCGGUGAGGGAGAGGUUCAACAAGCUGGAGGAGGAGACGGAGAAGUAUCGGUCCGAGUACAACAAGCUGCGCUACGACUUCACCGUCGUCAAGUCCCAGCUGGAGCACCAGAGGGAGGAGCACAGCCGCACCCUGGAGGACAGGAGGAUCCUCCAUGAGGCCGAGGUCGCCCGGCUGGAGAAGGAGCGGGAGGAGCUGGUGGCGCAGUAUCAGGACUCAGAGGCCAUGUGUGACGGGAAGCGGGUGGAGGCUCUGCUCAGGGAGAAGGCCCAGCUCCACCAGAGGCUCAAAGGCCUGGAGGCGGAGGUGGCCGAGCUCAGAGCCCAGAGGGAUUCCUCGGGCCAGCAGGCCGAGAGCGUGCAGCGCAUCCAGAUCAGACAGCUGACGGAGCUGCAGUCUGCAGUCAAGUCACAAGAGGCGGAGCGUCAGUCGCUGCGGCAACAGCUGGACAGGAUGGAGAGCGAGCUCCAGCAGAGCCUCGAGCAGAACGGCCAGCUGACUGGGAGGCUGCACCGCGCUGAGAGGGAGGCCAGCGCUCUGACCGCUCAGAUCGACAGCCUGAAGCAUUCACACAAACUGGAGCUGGCCAGCGUCAGGCUGGACUGUGCUCGAUCCAAAGGAGACAUGGAGAGGGAGAGGGACACACUGCAGGGACAGGUGGACGGUCUGCAGGCAGAUGUUGAGGUGCUGAACGCGGCGCUGGAGCGAAACAAGGAGGUUGUGUUGGAAAAAGAGAGAGAGAUGGUGAGGAAGGUGCAGUCGGCCCGAGAGGAGGAGUUCCACAAGAUGGCCACCUUACACGAGGAGAGGCUGGAGUUGGAGAACCGCCUGGCAGUGUUGGAACAGCAGAGGGCGCUGCAGGACUCGUCGGAUCAGGCGCUGAAGGAGGAGUGGGAGGAACGACUGCGCAGCGCUCAGCAGGGAGAGGAGUCGCUCCGCAGAGAGCUGCAGAACCUCAGAAACAAACUGCAGCAGCAGAGUUCACAGCUAGAGGCGCUAGAGAGACAGAAAGCAGAGAUUAAUGACCUGCAGCAGCAGAACCAAGACCUCGGCGUCCAGCUGGGGGCGCUGUCGCGCUCCGAAGGCGAGCUGACGGACGCCAACCAGAGACUGAGGGAGACUCUGGACAGAGUGAGGGAGGAGGCGCGGGCGACCCGGGCCCAGGCGGAGCGGAGCCAGCAUGAGGCAGAGAGGAUGGUGGAGGAUCGGCGGGUCGAGUGGUUGGAGGACAAACACCGGCUGCAGGAGCGAGAAGCGGAGCUGCAGCAGAAAUACUCUCAGGCUAAAGAGAAGCUGCAGAGAGCAGCAGUGGCUCAGAAGAAGAGGAAACAUCAGACGGAGAACAGAGAGAAGAAGCUGCACAACAAGAUCCAGCUGCUGGAGGCUAAAAUCGAACAGCUGGAGCUGGAAGCUGCUGCUGCCACAAAGAGACGGUCAACGUUCUCAGAGGAGCAGGCGCAGCUGAGGCGGAGGCUGAAGGAGCUGCAGCGACGACACGACGAGUUCCGCUGCCUCCUGCUGAGCGGUCAGGGCCCCGCCCUCAUGACCUCCGCGCUCUCCCUCGGGAAAAACAUUUUAAUAGGAGAUGAUGGGGUGAUUGUGUGUGUCCUGCAGGAGGGAGAGUUCUCUCUGCUGCAGAGGAGACUGGAGAGUCUGGAGAACGCUCAGCAGCAGCAGCUGGAGGAACUGGGAUCACUGGUGCAAAAGGAGCAUGAUGAACCUCCCAAACAUGACCCCCUGACCCCUGACCCUGUCACUUUGGACUUAUAAAUAUUUUGUAAUCAGACGGUGCUUUUCAAGUCAAGUGAAUGAAAAUGGUUUGCAGAGAUGUAUUUUUCUAAAAGUGAACCAGUUUCUUGUUUUUCUUCUGCGCCUAGAACAGAACUGACUCAGGGUUCAACGUGUUUACAUCUGGUUUAGACCAGGGGUCCGAAACUCACCGGUGCUUAACAAAACCUGCUUAGCAUUUUCAAAUUUAGCUUAUUUUAUGGCUAAAAAAACAAUUUCAUAUCAUAGAAAAACUAAACUUUUACAAUAAAAGAAAUGUUCCUUGUGGGAACAAUUCAUAUUUAUGCAAAAUGGAAAAAUGCAAUGUACUUUUACCAUAUAUAUAUAUACAUAUAUAUAUAUAUAUAAAAUUCUCUUGUGCCAUUAAGUGGUGUAGAAAGUAUCAGCUUGCAGAUCCCUGGUCUAAACUACAGAGGAAAUGAUUUGUAUGCAGUUGUGACAAAAAGCACUACAUGCUGCAACUUGCACAUGAGAUGUACAGAUUGUUCAUUUUACUCGCCCAAUCACUCAGGGAUGUUUGUGACUCAUUUGUGGCUUCCUCUGUCCUAAUGUGUGAUAUUAAAUGCUACCGUUCAUCA